UCCAAAGGUCCUUUCAAAAUGGCGUCCAAUGGAAGAGUUGGUCUGCGUUCAGGCUCCCCUUCCUUCCUCGUAGUCGGUCUUUCCUUAGUAAUUGUGGUCUUAUUAUACAGCUACUGGAGUGUUUCAUCUCGUAACAGUAUGCUCCUUCGAGACCAGGCAUAUUUACAGGACCGUUUGCGUUCUUUGACAAGCAAACAUCUAGCGGCUGAGAAGAAGAAGUCUUCGGCCAUGGCACAAAUUGCUGACAUGGAAAAGAAGAAAAGACAACUGGAAGGCAAUGUCAUGUCCUCUUCUAAAGAAAAAACAGAGCUUAACUCUAAGAUACAGGCAUUACAACAAAACCUUGGGCAAGAGAAGAAAAAAGUAGCCACGCUGCACAGUCAACAAAGCGAAAGCAAAGCAGAGCUACAAAAGCUCAAGGGAGACAUUGAUAAAACCAGUGAGAAGCUGAAAGAAUUAACAGCCAAAGCAAACUCUUUUGUGGACAUGUACAAGAAUGUCAAAGAAACAUUGGCUAAAAAGAUUGAUGAGUUAUUCAAAGUGCAGAAUGAUUGGCACAUUUGCCAAGUUAAGUUGAGUAAACUUAAAGAAGAACACUCUGCUGCUGAAGGAACUGUGAAUGACAAACCUAAAAAAAUAGAAUCACUGAAAGGAAUAGGUAACAACGUUUUCAAGAAUGGCAUAGCUCAGCUUAAAACUCAAAUGAAUCUUGGGGCUACCAAACCUUCCUUUCAGACAGUAAAAACUGAGCCAAGUGCAGCUGUUGUUACCCAAGUGGAUAAAAGUGUUAACUCACAAACAAAAGCUCCCACAGAGAAAGAACAUGAAGAGUGAGGUAAAACUUUUAGACAUCUUAACAAGUGCACUGUAACUAGGAAAAUUGUCUUAAAUAAUACAGCUAAGGAGACACAAAAGCCACUUCUUAUCCAUGCGUUAAUGAUCAGCACUCAAGGUGUAAUCAGCUCAUGGCUUGGUGGAGGAAAUUAGGAAACGUUGUACUCAUCUCAACUCAAUAGACCUCUUCGGCUCUGAUGUAAUGUUUUGCCAUUUCAGACCACAUGUCAUUCCCUAGAGUAUCAUUUCUUUGUUUAAGGUUUGCACUCGGUUGCACAUGAGAAGACACAUGAAUAUGGAUACAGCUCAAACGAAGAAUCUUAUUCUCAAGGGAAUGACACGUGGUCUGAAAUGGGAAACAUUACCCCAAGCAAAAGAGGUCAAUUGAUUCACAUUUUGUUGUCUUUUCCAGACAAAGACCUUUCCUGAGUUAGGUAGUAUGUAUGAAGCAUUGUGGUCUUGCUUGGGUACCAACAUCUUCUGCUUGUCAGUCAUUAUAUGACAUCAUAUUCCUACCUUUAUUAGACCACAAUGCAGAUUGUAUAUAUGGCAUUGUUCUCACCUAUAUUCUUAUUUUGCAAUCAAUCCCAAGAGAGCACAAUAACAAAGGGGAUGUCCGCCAUGUUGGAAGAUAUAACAAAAGAAUUCAUUGAAAAAUCUUUUGUCAAAUUCUUCCAACAUGGCGGCUAUGACGUCUAUUGCAAACGAAGAAUUAGACCACAUUUCGUACUGUUUAGCUCAGAAAACAGAUAUAAAGAAUGCAGGAGAUGAAGUGAACUAGCAGUAGCUUUUCCCAAAAUGUAAAUCAACUGAGUCUGUAAAACGAGACUGCUGAUAGUGAAGAAAUAUUUCACAAGGCAUUUUUUGUAAUGUUUUGUACGCAAUAUUCAUAAUUAUAAUAAUAAUCAUCAUCUAAGAAUUUCACAUAGGUUAAAACUGCUACACAGUAGGCUGACAAGUAAUUUCACUAGACUUGACUGGGUUUCGUGGGGGACUUUUGAUUUACCAGAGACAAGAACGGUUAAUGUCACGCAACGCUUCUCUCCCUACAAAGUUAAGUGUUGCGUGACGAUUCUACAACAUGGCUGCUUUUGCUUUUGUUCUUUUAAUCUUUUAUUCUGAUCAAAAGGGUCGAGUUGCACGCUACUUAUUUUUUGAAAAUGUUCCUUAGGUCGACGAAAACGAAAAUAAUGAGUUUCCAUAACCUUGUAGCGUAACAGCUGCUUUUUUUUGUAAAAAUGGAUCAUAUUUAAUCCCUCUGAACAUGAAAUAAUCAUUUCAUUAGGCAUCUAGCAGAAAUCGUUUGCUAAAAAUAUGAUAUAUUAAGGUUAUAUUUAGGUUACGUUAGCAUUAGAAAUGAAAGAUAAUAUCGUUAGAUAGGUUAGUACGGCCACGUUUUAAACUGAUUAUAGAUUGUAUAAAUAAAAAGGUUUUCGUAUGAGUGGAAAAGCCCACUAACUUACAGUACGUACACGUUAAUUGCGAUUAAAAUGCAUGCUUUCCAUAUUUAAAGAAUGGCUAUCGUUUCCAUGACAAAGGUACGGCGGUAACUUGCAAAUUUUAGCGAUACCCUAAAACGACAGUCUGAAUUGGAAAGAAAGAAAGUCGUUCUAGACUUAGGUCAAAAGUCGAACUUCACAUGAACCGAACCUAAUGACAUCAAAGAAGACCGCCCUGUUAUCCAUUGUUUAAAUAGACCCCUUGCAGCACUUUCAGCUCAAUCUGGGAAAUAAAGAAAUAGGUUCCAAUUCUCAGGAGAUUGGAGUUCUUUUGUUUUGUCCCCAUAUCAAGCUACUUUGACGUCACAUGCAAGGGGUCUAUUAGGUUAGGCUCAUGUGAAGCUCGACAUUUGACCUGAGCAUAAGAGUCACAAUUUCGUACAUUUUCCACUGCAUGAAAUCAUCUCUGUGAAGGUCUGGACAGACAUUGUAACUGUUGCGUACUAUCUUGAAUGCAAUGAAAUUGUACGUUUCCACCGCUGUAGUUGCGCAUGCGUGUAUAGCGAUGAAUAGAUCAUAGCCAUUCUGUAUUAUCGGUAUUUGUGUAAAGGAAAACUUUUAGCGGAAGGAACACGCACAUUUAAACUUUCAUUAUUUAUGUAUUUUGGACACGAGUAGCUAAACGAUUAAUUUGAUAAAAUAAAUUUUUACCAUAAGUG